AUGGCCCUUCAGAACGUCCUCGCCGCUACGCUCAUCGCCAUAACAAAUCCCGCCUCUGACGACCCGAUUCUUCAGUGCUUCAACAAUGACCUUGAAGUUCUUCGCGAUAAUCUAUUGAACAACACCAAUGAGGGUCUUCGGCUUGCUGACGCGAACCUACGCGUUUUUCCCUUCAAGGAUGUCGGAACUUGCUGGCGGAGACUCUAUACAGACGCGAGCAUCCUCAAAGCCUGCCUGAUCAUCUGCGAUAACCUCGGACUCGCUGACAGACGUGCGGAUAACCAUGCUUAUGAAGACACAGCUGUUUCUCGAUUGAUAAAGACACUUGCCAGCUACACUAACGAUGGCCUCCGAGUCGACCCCACGGCCCCCUGGCUCUCGUCAGCAAUCCACACCCUCGAUAAAGCACUGAUCAUGACCGGCGCGCCGCUCCGUGAGGACGUCAUCGAGUCUCUGCUCUCGGCUUUACAAGCCGCUACACGACCCCAUAAUCUCAAUACCGGCGACGACUUGAACAGAACAGACUUGGGUGACAGCCCAUCCCGCGCCUCCAAACGACGGAAGCUCUCCCCUCCGCUGUUCCCUCCCGAUGCCGUCCCGGCUCCGAGCCUCAAGUAUCCGAUUCCUCGCGUCUCAGAGCCGAGCUUUGAUUACAUGGAGGAGCAUAUACAGAAUGUCAAGACGCCGCUGGUUAUUACGAACGCGGUGGAGCACUGGCCGGCCAUGUCGAGCAGGUCAUGGGCGUCGCGCGAUUACUGGCUCGAUAGGACCUUUGGUGGACGCAGGCUGGUUCCUGUGGAAAUCGGAAGGUCGUAUACGGAUGAGGGAUGGGGACAGCGGAUCAUAGAGUUCAGCGAGUUCGUUGAGAGGUUUAUUUGGCGCGAUCCGUCGACGUCGAGGACCGCGAUGCACUCUCCGGUCGAAAACAAGAAUGAGGAAUACCAAGAUGCCAAUCAAACCGGAUAUCUGGCUCAGCAUGAUCUUCUCGGUCAGAUACCCGCUCUGCGCAAGGACAUCUCCGUCCCGGACUUUUGCUACAUUGACCCGCCGGCGCCAGAUCCGGACACGCCAGUGUAUGCGAAGAAGCUUCAAGAACGAGAAGAGGAGCAGAAGAAGAAGGCGGCGAGUAACGGUUCCAUCAAUGGAGGACUGGACAGAUGUACUGAAGACGACGUUGACGACGACCUUCUUAGUCCACCGAGUGACCCAAUCAUAAACACUUGGAUUGGACCUUCCUGGACAAUAUCCCCUCUCCACCACGACCCCUACCACAACAUUCUCGUCCAAGUCACAGGCGCCAAAUACAUCCGCCUCUAUUCUCCACAUACUCCGGCUUCGCAGAUCCACCCUAGAGGCAUGGAAGCCGUCACCUCCACUAAAGAGAGACGGAAUAGCAAUUCUUCUGCAAGUUCAGGCGUUAUUCUGGCUGGCGCAGAUGGCGAUGACGCCUCAACGGCACGUAUGAUUGACAUGUCGAAUACAUCAAAGGUUGAUGUCGCUGCCAUUGAACUCUCCCCAGCUGAGUCGGAGCAGUGGGAGGCUAUGUGGCCGGGAUUCCAGCAGGCAGAGUACGUGGAGACGGUCCUGAAAGAGGGAGAGUCUCUUUACAUACCUGUAGGAUGGUGGCAUUAUGUGAGGGGAUUGAAGGCAGGCAUUAGCGUUAGCUUCUGGUGGUGA